AUGACUGAAAAUAUUACUGAAGAAGAUGCAAAUACUAGAGAAAAGGAGGUGCAAAAAGAAAAGGAUCUUAUGUAUGAUAAGGAACUACAAGAUGAAACCAUAGAGGAUAAACAGGGGACAGGACUAACUGAUAACACAACAAAGCAACCGGAAAAUAUAAAUAGCACUGAUAAUAGCGCAACUAUAGCAGUAGUAGCUGCUCCUGAAAUAAAGAUCCCACGUGGACGUGGUAGACCACCUCGUAAUCUAAAUAGAGGUGAUGUUGGCUUAUCUGGGUUAGUUGGGAUAACCUCAAUAUGGGCUGAUGAUGAUAAACCCAAGGGAAAGCGAGGUCGACCUAGAAUAAGACCCUUAGAGAUAGAAGAAUCUGUAGAAGUAAAACAAAAUAAACCUUUGAAAGUUAAGAGACCUAAAGGACCUAAUGAAAUUCUUUUAGAAAUUGUACGUAGAUUAUAUAAAAGAGAUCGUCAACAAAUAUUUGCUGAGCCAGUAAAUGCUGAGCUAGUUCCUGACUAUUACCAGGUUAUUAAAAAUCCUAUGGACUUUUCAACAAUGAGAAAUAAAGUUGUUCAAGAAGAAUAUAAGGAUUUUGAGUCUUUUGAAAGUGAUAUAAGACUAAUUAUUACCAAUUGCUAUACCUACAAUAGAAUUGGGACAGUUGUAUAUAGGAUGGGUCUAAUAUUGGAAGAAACUUGGGAUAAAAGUAAGGAAGCAAGUCGUAAUAAAUAUCUUCAAUCUUUUAAAAAUAUUGAGGAGUAUGAAGAGAAGAAAAGGCUAGGUGAGAUAGAAAGUGAUUCAGAAGCAGAACCACAACCAAUAUGGACUCCUACACCUACAUCACCUCCAGCCCAAGAAUCACCAAAUCCUUCAAAUCACAGAUCUAUGAUAACAAGGAGAAUGGAAACAAGGUUAUCUUCUUCACAUUCUCCAUGGUCACUUAGAAAUUCAGAUCGUGACUCAAGCAAUAUAUCUGACAUAAAUAAGAGAAGUGCUAAUCAUAAUAUAUAUAAUCAAAGUGGUGGAAGUUCUAGUAUCUGUAACAACAAAGAAGUACCUACAGUAUCUGCUUCAUCUCCCACCUUACCAAGUCAGUCUAAGGGUCCUACACUAGCUGACAUUUGCCGUGCAGAUGCUACUGGAAUUAAGGAGAACCUUGAAAGACUUCGAGCUGACAAGGUAGAUCCUUUCUCAAUGCUAUUGAAACAACUUGUUACUCAACCUUGUAUUAAGACUCCUACUGUAGAUGAUUGGUAUAUCUUUGAUAAACAAUUACCUUUUAUUAAAUAUAGAGAAUCUGUAAGUCGAUUUAUUGGUAAAGAAAGUAUUCAACUCCUAAAAAGUAUUAUGGAUAUUGAUAUAGCCUUAAUGGAGAUUGAUCCUUAUCCUGCGUUUAUGAAAUAUCCACUUAAUGACAUGAGAUUACUGGGGAUUGAUACUGACGACUUUGUUCAGUUUAAUAGUAGUUUAUCUGUAGAUGGUAGCUUCUUACUUGGAGUUGGUGAGAACCAUAUUAAACUAGCCUUAACUUUACAAGAUGAGUACCCAGACAUAAAUUUAUCUCCUUUAAGGGAACUAGUUACCAAAUAUACUCAACAUCCUCUUUUACUACAAAGUAAUAUGUCAAAAUAUCCGAAAUAUACUCAAUCUAAUAAUAGUAAUUCAAAUAUAUAUCAAUCUUGCUCAAGUUCUAUAAUAAAUAGCAAUACUAUUGCUUCUAAUUCUCUUAACAGAUUUCCUCAGAACUAUUUGGUGAAUAAUAAAUCAAUGACUCAAACUAAUCCCACAAUCUCAACUAAAUUAGAAAAUUCAGAAUUAUCUCAGACUUAUUCUUCUAUUUCUAAGACAGAUUCAUAUAAUCUUAGUGAAUUGACAAAUUGUGAGGGGACUGUUACUUCACGUACAACUAUCUGUGAUAACCAUGGAGAAUCAAAUCAAUGCUCAAUAGAUAAUAUAAGCAAUUUACAAUACCAAAAUAUUCAAACACUACCUAAUUACCAUAGUAGCAGCAUUAGGCAAGCCUAUGAUAACUUUUAUGAUAAUAUUCCCAAUAAAAUUGCUAAAGUAGAUCACAUUACAGGUGCUAAUUUUAGUUACUCAGGGUAUGAUAGAACAAAUCAUGGUCCUAAUAUUACAGCCGGAAAUUCUCAUCAAUCCCAUUCUGAUAUAACUACACUCCCUACAAAAUCUAUUUCAUCAUCUAAUAUGGCAUAUCAUAAUACAAUGCAUGAUUCAUAUUGUAUAUCAAAAUCUCGACUACCACGUGAAAGUACUCCUCAUAUAGCAAAUAACAGGAGUCACAAUAUACUAUACCAACAGCAUGGAUAUAAUAUAGCAGAUAGUGCAAAUCCUGGAAAUAAGCAAAAUGACUUAAUGAAAUCAAAAGGAAUCUUGCCUACACAGGGAAGUAUCAACUAUUCAUCUACUAAUCAACUAGGCUUGUCAAAUAGGAGUGAAUAUAGAGAUGGGAAUUCUGAUAUAACUAUGUACCCUUAUAAUAGAUAUAGUCCAAAUGUAAAGGAGUUCCUAAAUCCUGACAUACCAGCCUACUAUAAUAGUGAGUUGCAAUUCCAUAGAAGCAGUUAUAUAUACUUAGAUAACAACUCUUUAGUUCCACAUAGACAGUCAAGUGAUGUGCAAGUUCAGCAGCAGAGUGGCUAUCAAUGUAAUACUCAAAGAACACAGCAGACAAAUUCAAAGUUACAGUCACAUCAAUAUAUUCAUUAUGAUAACCCCUCUUACCCUAAUAUACAACUACCACCAAAUCAGCUCUCACAGCUACUUUAUCUUCCAGGUGGACAAAAUUAUAAUAUGCAGCCUAAGGGUGGGCAUUAA